UACCAUUAACAAAAUGUUUUGAAUAAAUACGAGCAUUUUUCAGAAACGUUUCAGUUAAAUCUCUCCUUUUGAGGCAUUUAAUCCACAGAUUUCGUCGUUCCUUUUUAAGCUCGUUUAGACGAUUCCCUAGAUCUCUUAAUGCUGCUGGGAUCCUGAAAAACCUUUCUUUAUCUCUUUCCGCUCUACUAGAGCACCCAACAACGCAGCAAAAAGAAGGCAUCUUCACAAAAUAGAUUGAAAAUUCUUGGUUUAAAAUUGAAUCAGGUUAUGUUUGGCUUUUGUGUGCCCCCCAAGCUAAUAUGGCGGAUCGGUUAUGACAUUAACCUGGAAUGCCUAAUCAGUGGACUGAAAAGAAUAUCGGAACGGCGUCCAGUAAUUCAGUACUGACAGUUGAUAUCGGAACAUAGCCCCUAUUAUAUCAUUCAUAACCAUAACAGGAACAGCUGUUUAAGAGACCAACUUCAAACAAAUUCAAUUUACACUGAGACUGGGACUCUGGGAGAUCUGUAAAAUUGGAUCGUUCCUUUUAUUAUUUGCACAUAGGUAAAGAGCACCCCAAGAAGCAACCAUUUUUGUAGUUGCCAAGGAGAAGGUGGCUUGUUGCUGUUGGAAAGUAAUCUUUUCUGGAUUAUUUUUGAUGCUUGAAUGAUCUCGUGGAAAUUUCUUAAACCAUGUCUGAAAAUAUUGAAAUCAGAACGAUUAUCAGCAACCGAAAUUUAACUCAAGUUUCUGAUACUCCUGUGACAGACCCUGCAGCUGGAGCCAAGCGUUUGGAGGGGAGUAACGCAUUCGUCUGUCAAAGGUCUAAGUUGGAAACUAAAACCAGCGCGUUGAAAAAAUCUAGCAGAUACAGAAGCAGAUCUCUUUCGGCCAGCUCAACUGAUUCAUAUAGCUCCGCUUCUUGCACAGGUAGCUCUAGCGAUGAUGACGACAUAUCGCCAAGGGAAAAGGUACAAACGAACUUGUCUGGCAGUUCCGACUUUUGUGUGAGAAAUAUUAGUCAACAUGCUUUUGGGCGACGUGAAAUAGAAAUUGCUGAACAAGAGAUGCCUGGUAUUAUGGCAUUACGAAAAAGAGCUGCAGACGAUAAACCGUUGAAAAAUGCAAAAAUUGUAGGAUGCACCCAUAUAAAUGCUCAGACGGCUGUUUUAAUAGAGACUUUGGCGGCUUUGGGAGCUAGUUUACGUUGGGCUGCUUGUAACAUCUAUUCCACACAGAAUGAAGUAGCAGCAGCCUUAGCUGAAGCUGGAUUUUGUGUAUUUGCGUGGCGGGGUGAAACUGAAGAAGAUUUUUGGUGGUGCAUAGAUAAGUGUGUAAGCGCUGAUUCCUGGCAGCCUAAUAUGAUUUUGGACGACGGGGGCGACGCAACUCAUCUUAUGCUUAAAAAAUAUCCUGCUAUGUUUAAAAUGAUUAAAGGAAUAGUAGAAGAAAGUGUCACGGGCGUCCAUCGUUUAUACCAACUCUCUAAAGGAGGAAAAUUAACAGUACCUGCGAUGAACGUGAACGAUUCAGUUACCAAAACAAAAUAUGACAAUCUCUAUAGUUGCAGAGAGUCGAUAAUUGAUAGUUUAAAAAGAUCCACAGAUGUAAUGUUUGGAGGAAAGCAAGUCGUUAUUUGUGGCUACGGAGAAGUCGGAAAAGGUUGUAGUCAAGCUUUGAAAGGCUUUGGAUGUGUUGUAUAUGUGACAGAAAUCGAUCCUAUUUGUGCUUUACAAGCCAGCAUGGAUGGAUAUCGUGUAGUUAAACUAAAUGAAGUAAUCCGUAACGUGGAUAUAGUUAUAACUGCUACAGGCAAUAAAAAUGUAGUUAUGAGAGAACAUAUGGAUAAAAUGAAAAAUGGAUGUAUUGUAUGCAAUAUGGGACACUCGAAUACUGAAAUCGAUAUUAAUAGUCUAAGAACUCCAGAUCUAACUUGGGAAAAAGUAAGAUCACAAGUAGACCAUGUUAUCUGGCCAGAUGGCAAAAGGAUAAUCUUAUUGGCGGAAGGAAGACUUGUUAAUUUGAGUUGUUCCAGCUUGCCAUCAUUCGUUGUUUCAAUUACUUCGGCUACCCAAGCUUUAGCGCUUAUUGAACUUUUCAAUGCACCUCCUGGGCGGUAUAAAUCUGAUGUGUAUCUACUUCCCAAAAAAAUGGACGAGUAUGUUGCCAGUCUUCAUCUACCAACCUUUGAUGCCCACUUAACGGAGUUAACAGAGGAACAAGCAAAAUAUAUGGGCUUAAAUAAAGCAGGACCUUUCAAACCGAACUAUUACAGGUACUGAGAAACUCCUCAAUAUAUUUGUCCAAGCAAAAUCGUUGAUGCUAAAAUGAAUUGAAAUAUUCACCACAGGCAGAAAAGAGAAUUAUUUCUUAGUCUUUGUCCCAGUUAUUAAAUCUAUUGUAGUUUAUAUUAAUUGUUUAUAUAACAAAUGUAUUUUGCUCUCAAAUUAAUUUGAAAUUGGUAAUAGUGUUACAAGCAGCAUCUAGUUUUUAUCUUAGAAAUGUGUGUAAGUACAUAUAUAGUUCGGACCAACCUACUAGACACAUAGGGAGUAAUAGGAUGAAUUAGCUUUUACUUGGUCUCAGCGAACCGAGGCGGUGCUGCUGAAGCUAAGUUAGCCAAACUGCUGAAGAUGCACGAAUUUUAAUAGCAUGCAGUGAUAUGGGUAUCAGCCAACUGGUCCCAUUGAAGCCUAUGUCUAGUAGCGUGGUCCUCUCUGUAUAUUUGAUUAUUCACUGGGUGAUAAUAAUUAGUUGAAUUUAUGUAUACUUAAUUUAAUAUAGUGAAUUCGAAAAAAUAAUAUUUUUUUCUUAAUCAGAAUUAAUAGUGUAGAAAUAAU